AUGUUCAAGAUAAACCUAAUUAAAAAUAAAUUAAUUUUACUCUGUCUACUAAUCCCUUUAAAUGGACAAAUAUUAAAUUCAACAAAUUCAACAAUAAAAAACCAACAAAAUAGAUCAUUAACAACACCAAUUUGGAGCUUAACAGGAAGGGAAGACCAUCACGAAAUUUUGGAUGAAUUGUUAAAAAAUUAUGAUCUUUCUAGGAUUAGGCCUCCUAUAGAGGUGGAUUCGAAUGAAACUGCUGUUCGUGUACGUGUAAAUAUACUAGUCAGAAUGCUUAGCAAAAUAGACGUUGUCAAUAUGGAAUAUACAAUACAAAUAACAUUUAGAGAGCAAUGGGUAGAUAAACGAUUGAAUUACCUCAAUCAUGUUUUUACGCCUCCAAGACCUCUACCCCCGUUUUUGGUUGUUCCGCACGUUAAGGCUCGUAUUUGGUUUCCUGAUACUUUUUUUCCUACGGAAAAAUCAGCCCAUCGACAUAUGGUAUGGAAAAUUUUUCAAAGUUAA